AUGUAUAUAAUGGAAAGAAGUACUAUUAUAACCGUAUUUAUUAAAAUUUCUUUGUUUAUCCUUAUUACAUGGACAUGCCAAUUUAACAAUGAUCUGGUAUUAUUAUAUUACUUAGCCUGCAUAUUUAAGAAAAAUAUGGUAAAUAAUUACAUACAUGAUAGAAAAUUAACUACAAAAAGUUAUAGAAUACCAUCAAAAAGUAUACAAGAUAAAUAUUUAUGUAUUGAAGGGUUAAAGGACGAAGUAGGAAAUAAUAGAAUACGCGUAGUAAAUAGAAUGUCUAAUAAUGAAAAGAGGGAUCUAGUAAAAAGAAAACAAUUAAAUGGUAAUUCAUCAGAAUGUGAACGGGGCAUUAAACAAACUAUGAAAAAUAAAUCUAAUAUAUUUGAAACAAAAAAAUAUUCUUAUCUUGAAAAAAAAAUAUUCAAAGAACUAGAUUAUAUAUAUUUUCUUAAAAAUAACAGGACAAUUAGUGAUAAAACUUAUAAAAAAAUAGUGCGUAAAAAAUUAGCAUUACGAAUUUCCUUACCUUUAGUACUGUUAUUAUUAUUGUUAUUGUCACUCAUAUUAGAUUUUUCUGGUUCUUAUGGGCUUAGAAAAGGAUUGUUUAAAAUAUUGAAUGUUGCUUCAAUAGGGUGGUACGCUAAGUUACAAGAUUUUCUUAAGAAUUCUACUUUAGGUGUGUUUUUUAAGUUAGUGGUAAAAGAAGAAGUUAAAGAAGUAAAUAAUGUUGUAAGGGGGGGAGUUAGGAAAGUAAAGAUUGUGCAAGUAGAUUGGGUAAUGCAGUUUAUGGAAUUUUUAAUAUAUUUUACACUUUUCUUUAUAUUAUUUGUCACAAUUAUAACGGCGGUUAUUUACCACCAUAAAAAAGUUAAGAAAUUUCAAAAAAUUAAGUAUAGAAAAAGGUAA